GCAAAUUAUUAUUGAUCAUAAACGUGUUCAAGUAGUUUAGUGGUGUGCGUGUUUGAUUUCACCAUUAUGCGUUGUUGUUGAUAAUGAUCCUCACUGUGCUGUGUUAUUAAACAAGUUGUUUCUCGACUAUACAAAAGUGGACAUUCAAUGAUAACAACAACAUCACUAACAAACCUAUCUUCCAGCGACAUGCUUGAUUUUUUUUUAAUUUUUAGACAAGUGAUGUAGCAUACCCACCAUCCAUAUUUGUGUAAAAUUUUCCCAUUGAUCAUCAUGUUUGAUCUGUGAAUGGAUUUCCUAAACAUGUUCCUUUGAUCAAAAAACAAUGCGAUUGAUACGAAAAUUGAGUUUCCGUCGGCGUUCCAAGCAACAAUUGGAAUGCGAACCCAAUGUAUUCCGAUUGAAUAAUAAUAAAGAAAAUGUGCAAUCAUCAAUUGAAGUGACGGAAUCGGAAUUCAGUAGAUACAUUCAAUUUAAUAGAUGUUUGAUGCAAAACAACAGCGUUUUGGAUUCAUCAUAUCAAUUGAUUGAUAUCAAAUUACGAAAUCAUUUUGAACCAAUUCAAUCUGAUAAUCGAAAUAAUAUACCUCAAAUCCAUAGUGGCCAUUAUCGGCAAUCUUCGUUUGAAUGCAAAGAAAUGCUUGAUAUGAACCACAUUUACGAUGUUGUUGGUCAACCAUCAUCAUCAAUAGUCAAUCAUGAUAAUGAUGAUGACUACCAUCAUUUACGAACGCGCAUCCGAACGAAUCCUUGGUAUAAUUCUCGUUCGGGUUUGAACAACAUCAAACAACAACCUGAUCAUCACUAUGAAUAUAUCGAUUAUUGCCAAUAUUCACAAAAUGUUCAUCAACCCUCACCAAUGCUAACUCGAAAGAAUUUAUCAACUUUUGAUCGACCAAUUCCUCCUCCUACUCCCAUCAUCAAAACCAAUGAUCGUCUGACUGAUAAUCCAUAUGAACAACUGACUUCAAAUUUCAAUCAAAUGGAAAAGGAAAAUUUAACAAUAAAUAAAAGACUUUUCCAUUCGAGAAAGAAACUUAUUGCUGCUAUAAAUAACAACCAAAACAAACGACAAAUCAAUGAUCAUCAUCAUCGCAAUCAACCAUCUCCAUAUCAAAUGAAAUUCGCUGCAACAAACGAUGUUUGUUCCAAAAGAAAAUUCAUCGAUGAAAGCAAGGACGACACUUCAUCACCAAUCAAGAGAAGAAAAAACAAUGUUCCGCCAACAUCACCAACAUCACCGAUCCGAAAACGAUCACGCAAAAUCGAUCGAUUAAAAUCGGAAUUGAAAGAAAUUGUGCAUGUAGCCCUAAGAGAAGCUUUGAAUGAAAAAGAUUCAAAUAUUUUAUUGUGAAGAAAACAAGAAAAAACAUGAAAUUUCAAUCGAUUAUUUUACAAAAGUAUUAUUAUACAGGAUCAAAUUUGUAACAAACAAAAUAAGAAAAUUGAGAUCACAGACUUAACAUAACAAACAAAUCAUAGUCAACUACACUAGGCUUGUCUUGUAUUGGCCAAUAUGAAU